AUGAAUGAAAUAAAAAGAUUAACAGGUAUUUAUCAUGAAGUACAAGAAGGUUCGCUAUGUGCUCAACAUGCAUUGAAUAAUCUUUUACAACGUGAAAUAUUUUCAGCUGUCUCUCUGGCUGAUAUUGCUCGAGUUCUAGACGAACAAGAAAAUAGCGUACUAGGUCGACACACUGGACAUUCAGAAAAUAUGGAUGACACCGGCUUUUUUAGUAUUCAAGUAUUGCAAAAUGCAUUGAAAGUAUUUGAUGUUGAAUUAAUUCCGUAUGCCAGUCAACAUCCCGUAGCUCAACAAGCACGUGCGGAAGCGCAAUCAAUUCAAGCUUAUAUUUGUAAUUUGCGUGAGCAUUGGUUAACAAUUCGAAGAUUUGGUUCGCAAUAUUUUGAUUUAAAUUCUAUAUCGACUGUACCAAAACUGAUUUCCGAUACAUAUCUAUCGCUAUAUUUAGCGCAAUUGAAACAAAGUGGUUAUUCCAUAUUUAUUAUUCAUGGAAUUUUGCCACCGUGUGCAGCUGAUGAAAAACUUCUAAACAAUACAAUUGAUCCAGUUUAUUAUCGUUCGUUAACGACUCGAGCUGAUGUUGCCGAUAGAGAUAGCCAUGGAAAGUCAACAACUUCACCGGGAUCAUCUUCAUCGUUCGAUGAAAUAGAAAUAAAACGUGCUAUUAAAGCAAGUGUGGAGUUGGAUAGUUCGGAAGAUAAAGCUCUACAAGAAGUUCUUGCUCAAUCAUUACGCGAUUCCCAUGGUAUCGAUGAUCCGAUGUUUAUUAAUCAUCAAGAAGAAGAUACAGACGCACUCAAUCAAAGAUUACUUGAUGAAGCUAUUGCUGCUAGUUUACUUAACAAUCCGCCAGUAACAACAAUAGAUGAUAAAACUACAGAAUCAGCACCACAAACAACAGCAGAACCAAGUGUCGAAGAAUUACGACAACGACGCCUUCAAUUCUUCGAGAAUAAAGAGAAAGCAACAACAACAACAGACGCAAAUCCAUCAGAAUCAAAUAAAUAA